UCUAGACUCUGAAGCAGAGAGAAAAAAACACAGACACUUUGAUAUCCUCCUAAAAGGACAGGCUUGCGAGAAAUGACAUUCAUCCUCUGCUCCUCUCUUCCCGAAGCUGUGGAACUGUAAUUGGAACUGGAUUCCAGGUGGAAUUCACACAGUCUGAGCUUCCAACAGAUUGUAAUGGCAGAGCACUGCUUCCAAGCCUUACACAACACCACGCCCACAUCCAACAGCCUGGUAGGAACUCAAGAGCAAGACGGUCUAGCCAACUGCACUUUAGAUGGCAGCAGCCUCCGGGUCCUUCUGGCUGUCUCCUACUCAAUCUUCUUCCUGUUUGGCUUAGUUGGCAACCUCCUGGCUCUCUGGGUGUUCCUGCAUCUGCACUCCAAGAAGAACUCGGUGCGAGUUUUCCUCAUCAACUUGGCGGUGGCUGACUUGCUCCUUGUGGUCUGCCUGCCCUUCCGGAUAGCCUACCAUGCCAACAAUGACUGCUGGGUCCUGAAUCCAAUAAUCUGCAAGGUGGUGGGCAAUGUCUUCUACAUGAACAUGUACAUAAGCAUUGUCCUGCUGGGUCUGAUUAGCAUUGACCGUUACCUGAAGUUGCAAAGGAUCUCCAGUAGGCAGAGGUUUCUCAGAAGUCGAGAGAGCAUUCUCACAUGCUGCCUUCUGUGGGUGGUGGCUAUUGCUGCGAUAUUACCAUAUAUUGCCCUGAAUAAGGAUAACACACCAUCCACUAAGUGUUUCCAGUAUAAACACCUGCACAACGCCAAAUGGAAGGGUUAUUUCAACUUAGUGUUAGUGGUCACAUUCUGGGUGGUCUAUGGAGCCCUUGUAAUGUCUUACGGGAAGAUCGCAAUGGGGCUGUUGCGUGUCUCUAAGGAGAAGCCUGAUCUUCCAAAUGCAGCCAAGUACGGCAGAACAGCUCGCAAAUCCUUCUUUAUUCUCUUUCUCUUCACCGUGUGCUUUGUGCCCUAUCACUUAGGGAGGAUCUUCUACAUCCUCUCCCAGAUCACAGAUGUCUCCUGCCAGUGGGUUGAGGUGGUGGACAAGACCAACGAGAUAGCUCUGCUGCUGUCUGCCUUCAACAGCUGCCUGGAUCCAGUCAUGUACUUCGUGCUAUGUGGCUCUGUGCGCAGGACUGUGCUGCAGCUUCUGUGUAAAUGCAUCCGCCUGGUGGUUUCAGGACACUCCAACAGCUCCAGCAAUGACACUGGGAGAAGCCAACGGGAGCAGCUUACAGACAGCGAGAUCACCACUUUGCGAAGAAAGACUGCUGUUCAGAUCAAGCCUUCGGAUACAUGACUGACUUUGUUACAGUCAAUUGCACAGGCUACACAUGCAGGCAUGCCUGGGUGUCAUGUAGACCUAUUAUCUAUAUGCUAAAUCUUCCAGUGUCUGGGCUUAAAGCAAUU